UACGCCGGUUGAAUCGAGGCGGUUGGCAAAUUGAAGCCCAUGCGCAGACCCGUUCGGUUAGCGUUUGCGUGUGAAACCCUCUUUUGAGUGCUCCAUUAUUUUGUUGUGAUCGACGUGAUAAUUUUUAAGCUCGCCACCAAGAAGAAAGAACUGAUAAAAAGCAGGUUUUACCAUUUGAAACUGCGGUUUGGCGACCGCGAUCGCAGUAUUUAGUGCAGUGUGACGUCGGAUACACAAAUUGGUCAUCACAGAUAGACCUCAAGUUGCAAAACAGUGAUCUCGGUGUGUGCUGAAGUAAUCAAGUGCCGUUGGUGAUUGAUCUGAAAAUCAUUGAUAGCGUAGUGAAGAUUACCGGUUUGCAAGUCAUUCGUUUGCUUGUGUAAUAGUAUUUAAAAAAAAAACAAAAAUGUCGGUAUAUCUAGAAGUUAGCACAAACUGUGACGACGAAAUGUACGAGAAUGAAAACGGAGUGAUUAAUUCAUCCAGCCAGCAGAAUCUACUGUCGCUCCAGAGCAUAACUAGUCUCUCACAUCCGAAUUGUCUGUUCAACCAUAGCCCGGAAAACAGUGAGCCUUAUGGAAAGACUGAAAAGCGUAAACUUUUAUGGGCAAUAGCCUUCACAUUAGUUUUCAUGCUAGCGGAGUUUGUUGGUGGUUACCUGUCCGGCAGUUUAGCCAUCAUGACCGAUGCCGCGCACCUGCUGUCCGACUGCAUUAGUUUCUUGAUAGCGGUCAUCUCGAUCUGGAUCUCCAACAAACCGCCCGACGGGAAAAUGUCUUUUGGAUAUAGGCGAAUAGAGGUCAUUGGAGCGUUGCUAUCCAUCUUUGGUAUCUGGGCGUUAACUAUCUUCCUGGUGGUACUGUCCAUCCAGCGAUUGAUUGCCGACGACUUCGAAAUCGAUGCCGACACCAUGAUCAUAGUUGCGAUCCUAGGCGUCGUAAUGAACAUCGCCACUGCCUUCAUCCUGCACGGAUCGUGCAGUAUAGUGCCCCACAUGCACCACGGACAUUCCCAUGGUCAUACGCACGAACAUGCACAUUCAGGUUUGCACCCAGCGCCUACGCUACAGGUUCCGGCGUCGACCCCAAGAUCUAGGUCCCGAUCACAUUCUCCAAGAAAAAAGAAACCUCAUCCUAGACUGGAGAAGCUUAAGAUCUGUGAUGAAAAGAAGUGCGAUAAUAUGGAACAACUUACCAUUCCGAAUCUGCCGCCGAGCCCAACUGUCAGUCCUUACAACUCAUUUCCCAGCUCCAGGCAUAAUUCGUUUACGGUCAAUGCUUCCACACCGAGACCGAGUCUGGAGAGUAUGCUUCAUUCGGCUAGGACGAAGCUGAAGACAGAAGCCUUACGGCAACGGAGCAUCGACGCUGCCAUAAAUUCUCCAGAUCUCAUAAGUUCCAGUAAAUUUCUAUACAAUAAAAUCAACACGGAUAAUAGUUCCUCAUUGAGUCCCAGCAGAAAGGAGAGCUUAGACAGUAACGAUUCGUCUUCAGCUGACGAGCAGUGCACCAACCACAGCCAUCACCACCAUCAUCACGGAGAAGAAAAUCUCAACGUAAGAGCUGCGAUUAUCCACGUGAUUGGAGACUUUAUCCAGAGCAUAGGGGUUCUAAUCGCUGCAAUCGUUAUCAAAUAUGCCCCAAACUUAAAAGUGGUCGAUCCCAUUUGUACCUUCCUGUUCUCGAUAAUCGUGCUGAUCACGACGGUACGAAUCUUCCGAGAUUCUAUGAGGAUAUUACUGGAUGCUGUGCCAUCAAGCGUUGCGGUGGACAAACUCAACACCGAACUUGAAUGCAUUUCCGGAGUGAAAGCCGUCCAUGAUCUGAACGUAUGGAGCAUUUCCACGGGACUGAACGUGAUGACCGUUCAUCUUAUGGUUGAUCCAAUAGCCAAUACGGCCGAAAUUCUAGUCGCAGCUAACACGAUUGCCCAAAGUGGAUUUGAUAUUAGCAAAUGCACAGUGCAAAUUGAGAAAAUGACUUUUUGUUCGUAA